ACCCGGAGCGCCAUGUCACCGGCUGACAGCUGCUCCCUGCCGGGAUGAACAAGGGGAAUUUAACCACAGGAGCUGGGCUUUGACCACCACACGAACAGGUGUCUGUAUUGUUGUUAUCUUCAAGGCCCCUGUGCAGACCAGCAAGACCAUAACCAUCCUGACCCACCCCACUGCAGCCAUGACGACCAAAUCAGCACUUCUCAAGGUGAUCCUCCUGGGAGACGGCGGUGUCGGCAAGUCAUCACUCAUGAACCGCUACGUCACCAACAAGUUCGACUCCCACCUCUUCCACACAAUCGGCGUGGAGUUCCUCAACAAGGAGCUGGAGGUCGACGGCCACCAUGUAACGCUGCAGAUCUGGGACACGGCAGGCCAGGAGCGCUUCCGCAGCCUGCGCACGCCAUUCUACCGAGGCUCCGACUGCUGCCUGCUGACCUUUAGCGUGGACGACGGGCAGAGCUUCCACAACCUGUCCAACUGGAAGAAGGAGUUCACGUACUACGCCGACGUAAAGGACCCGGACAGCUUCCCCUUUGUGGUGCUCGGCAACAAACUGGACGUACCUGAGCGGCAGGUGUCAGGGGAGGAUGCACGGAAAUGGUGCCGUGAGAACGGCGGACAUCCUUACUUUGAGACAAGCGCUAAGGAUGCUACAAAUGUAGCUUCUGCCUUCGAGGAGGCAGUGCGCCGCAUCUUGGCGCUGGAUGACAGAGCUGAUCACCUGAUCCACACUGACACAGUGGACCUGCAGAGGAAAAGCCCGCCUGACCCCACCUGCUGCUGAGCUGAAUGUGACUCCUAGUGGGUGCUCAUGUGAUGUUUAAACAUACUGUCUGCAAAAAAAAGGAAGUGGUGUGUGAUGCCCUUUGAUAAACUUUAACUACGAUCAGAGUUGAAUGAAGGAAUAAGCUCAAACUUUAGACCAAAACUGAAAAUACUUAAUGCUGAUAUUCCACUCAAGGGGCCAAAACUCUCCUUUCUUUGGCUCUUAUCCAGCCUGGGAUUAGGAAUACAUUAACUUAUAUGAGGCAGAAAUGGACUGUUUGUCUCAAAUAUCGUGGUUUAAGACUCUACUGGUUUAUUUGCUCAUUUUGUGGUCAGCUGAGACCUUCCUGAAAUACCAUGUACUCAAAACUGCCAAAGAUCUGACAUCACAGAUGCAGCUGUAGCUUCUAGUUUCAGCUCACAAAAAGAGAAGUGCUGAGAUUAUUUUAUACUCUGGAGGCAGAUAUGGAACAACUGAAAUGUAGCGAUUUUCCACCGAAAGUCCUGUGACCUACACUGUGUUUACAUGAACACAUCAGCAUCAGAGAAUAUGAAAUAAGCUGAUUUGGAGGCUUUGCCUUUACAAUUGCAUGAAACAACAUGCUAAUCAUCUUUCUCUGAGUCACUUCUGUGACUUAUUUUUAGGUCUAAUAACUUAAAGGUCACAUAUUAUGCAAAAUACACUUUUUUAGGCUUUUCUAGCAGAAAUGUGUGCCGCUGGCCUGUCCAAAAAUCCCCCCAAGAAUCAGAAAAUUCCAUUCCCUCCCUCUCUCUCUUUCUCCGCCUUUCAGAAAAGAUGUGCUGAAACAAGAUCUCAGAUUUACCCCUCAUGGUGCCAUGUGGGGAGUUAGCUCCGCCCCCAGGUUCAGUUGGCCUGCCCUGCUUGGAAGAAAGUUCCACCCUCCUCUCCUGAUCCUCCUCUCAGCUGCCAGCUGAGCCACAUUCAUUAAGCCACAUCUAUU